CUUUGGGAAAAAAUAAACAAACAUGGCACUUCUGACUUUGUCAGCAGCAGUGUUGAUCUUGAGCCUGAAUUAUUGCUUAGCAGUUCCAGUAUCUCAUUCAGAAUCGAACGAAUCUGACCUGACGGAGAAUGAUCUGCGAUUUGCUGAGAAAUACCUGAACGCACUUUACAGCUCCUCUGCUCUCCCCAGUGGCAUUCUCCGGAGCAAAAGCCCAAAAAGUGUGCAGACCAAACUCAAGCAGAUGCAGUCUUUCUUCGGUUUGGAGGUGACGGGCAAACUAGACGAAGAUACAAUAGAGAUUAUGAAACAACCAAGAUGCGGGGUCCCUGAUAUUGGGGAAUACAAUUUCUUUCCAAGGAAAUUAAAAUGGCCCAGGAACAAUAUCACCUACAGGAUUGUGAACUACACGCCAGAUUUAACUCAUGCGGAUGUGGAUAGAGUGAUCAAAAAAGCCCUUAAAGUGUGGAGUGAUGUAACUCCUCUAAACUUCACCAGACUCCGUACAGGCACUGCCGACAUCAUGAUUUCAUUUGGGAAGAAAGAGCACGGUGACUAUUAUCCCUUUGAUGGUCCAAAUGGCUUGUUGGCACAUGCCUUUCCUCCAGGAGAUAAAAUUGGAGGUGAUACCCAUUUUGACGAUGAUGAAUUUUUCACAAGUGACUUCAAAGGUUACAAUCUUUUCAUGGUUGCUGCUCACGAGUUUGGCCACGCAUUGGGACUAGAUCACUCUAGAGACCCUGGAUCACUGAUGUACCCAGUGUACUCGUAUACUGAAACAAAUAGGUUUAUUCUUCCCGAUGACGAUGUACAAGGAAUUCAGGAAUUGUAUGGGGCAGGCAACAGUGAUCCAAACCCAAAACACCCCAAAACUCCAGAAAAGUGUGACCCUGAACUAGCACUUGAUGCUAUAACAGAACUCAGAGGAGAAAAGUUCAUCUUUAAAGACAGAUUCUUCUGGCGCCUCCAUCCUCAGAUGGUUGAAGCAGAGUUAGUGUUGAUUAAAUCGUUUUGGCCCGAACUACCCAAUAAGAUAGAUGCCGCUUACGAAUAUCCACAGAAGGAUCUGAUAUAUAUAUUUAAAGGGAAAAAAUUCUGGGCUCUAAGUGGAUAUGAUAUAGUAGAGAACUAUCCAAGAAAAAUACAUGAACUUGGUUUCCCAAAAACCUUGAAAUCCAUUGAUGCAGCUGUCCAUAACAGUGCAAUUGGCAAAACGUUCUUCUUUACUGAAGACAAGUAUUGGAGUUUUGAUGAUGAAAAUAUGACUUUGGACAAAGGCUACCCUAAGCUUAUUGAAGAUGAUUUUCCUGGAAUUGGAGAAAAAGUAGACGCUGCUUAUCAACGAAAUGGUUACCUAUACUUCUUUAACGGGCCUCUACAGUUUGAAUUCAGUAUAUGGAGCAAAAAAGUGACUCGUGUGAUGAAAACCAAUUCCAUCUUGUGGUGUUGACCUUGAAAUCCUUAGUUGGCCUCCACGUCAGACUGUUGAACAGUUGAUUGUAAAACUUGACAAUGACCAGUAAUAUGGUUCCACACUGGGUACACAACAUAGCGCGGGUUAGCUAUAAGGAAAAAUAUAGAAAAUCCUCUGUAUAUGGAUUACAGUGCAAGAAUGUAUAUAUUGAUUUUACUGUAACAUUCUAUGUCACAGUGCAAUAGUCUUCUUAUAAGUAAUAGUGUAAUAAGGAAGUGUAAUUUAUGGAUAUAACACUAUAGCAGUAUUAUGGUAUGAGAUUAAAGCAUCAAGGUAGAACUAGCUCAUAAUACAAAAAGAGAAACAUGACAUUUGGAGUGUGGUGAAAUAUGUCCUUUUAGAUGGAAUAGUAUGCUUGAGACUCUAUCUUUAAAAGGACACUAUAGUGAACAACUGCAGCUUGUUGUAGUUAUUCUGGUGAGUAUAGUCAGUCCCUGCAGUCUUUUUCAUGUAAACACUGCCUUUACUCUGAAAAGGCAAUGUUUACAUUGCUCCCUAGUGAUACCGCCAGGGGCCACUCCUCGGAGUGUCACUAGAGGUGCUUCCUGGGUCAGUGCUGCACAGUAUGCAUGGUCUGCAUGGAGACACUGAACUUUCCCCAUAGAGAUGCAUUGAUUCAAUUCAGCUCUAUGAGGAGAUUCUGAUUGGCCAGGGCUCCGAUUGGCUCUG